AUGGAUCAAAAAGAAAAUAAAACAUUAAUCUUUACCGGUACCAAACGAACAGCAGAUGAAAUUACAAAAUAUUUACGUCAAGAUGGUUGGCCAGCACUUGCAAUUCAUGGGGAUAAAGCACAAACUGAACGUGAUUGGGUAUUAAGUGAAUUUCGAAGUGGAAAAUCUCCUAUAAUGGUUGCUACAGAUGUUGCAUCUAGAGGAAUCGAUGUUAAGGAUGUUAAACUCGUUAUUAAUUAUGAUUUUCCGACUAAUGUUGAGGAUUAUGUUCAUCGUAUUGGGCGAACAGGACGUGGUGGUGCUAAAGGACAAGCAAUAACAUUUUUCACAAUGGAAAACGCUAAACAGGCUAAAGAUUUAGUAAAUAUAUUGCGAGAAGCUAAUCAAGAAGUUGAUCCCAAAUUACUUGAACUUAUGAAGAUCGCUGCUGCCAGCAGUGGUAAUAAUAUGGUACUGGUAAAACAAAAACUCAUUCUC